AUGAGCGAAACAUCUCUGCCUUAUAUCACUGAGUAUGAGCGAAACAUAUCUCUACCUUAUAUCACUGAGUAUGAGAGAAACAUAUCACUACCUUAUAUCACUGAGUAUGAGAGAAACAUAUCUCUACCUUAUAUCACAGAGAAUGAGCGAAACAUAUCUCUGCCUUAUAUCACUGAGUAUGAGAGAAACAUAUCUCUACCUUAUAUCACUGAGUAUGAGAGAAACAUAUCACUACCUUAUAUCACUGAGUAUGAGAGAAACAAAUCUCUACCUUAUAUCACUGAGUAUGAGAGAAACAUAUCACUACCUUAUAUCACAGAGUAUGAGAGAAACAAAUCUCUACCUUAUAUCACUGAGUAUGAGAGAAACAUAGCUCUACCAUAUAUCAUAGAGUAUGAGAGAAACAUAUCUCUACCUUAUAUCACUGAGUAUGAGAGAAACAUAUCAAUACAUUAUAUCACUGAGUACGAGAGAAACAUAUCUCUACCUUAUAUCACAGAGUAUGAGAGAAAUAUAUCUCUACCUUAUAUCACAGAGUAUGAGAGAAACAUAUCACUACCUUAUAUCACAGAGUAUGAGAGAAACAUAUCUCUACCUUAUAUCACAGAGUAUGAGAUAAAUAUAUCUCUACCUUAUAUCACAGAGUAUGAGAGAAACAAAUCACUACCUUAUAUCACAGAGUAUGAGAGAAACAAAUCUCUACCUUAUAUCACUGAGUAUGAGAGAAACAUAUCUCUACCUUAUAUCACUGAGUAUGAGAGAAACAUAUCUCUACCUUAUAUCACUGAGUAUGAGAGAAACAUAUCUCUACCUUAUAUCACAGAGUAUGAGAGAAAUAUAUCUCUACCUUUUAUCACAGAGUAUGAGAGAAACAUAUCACUACCUUAUAUCACAGAGUAUGAGAGAAACAAAUCACUACCUUAUAUCACAGAGUAUGAGAUAAAUAUAUCUCUACCUUAUAUCACAGAGUAUGAGAUAAAUAUAUCUCUACCUUAUAUCACAGAGUAUGAGAGAAACAUAUCUCUACCUUAUAUCACAGAGUAUGAGAUAAAUAUAUCUCUACCUUAUAUCACAGAGUAUGAGAGAAACAUAUCUCUACCUUAUAUCACUGAGUAUGAGAGAAACAUAUCUCUACCUUAUAUCACAGAGUAUGAGAGAAACAUAUCUCUACCUUAUAUCACAGAGUAUGAGAGAAACAUAUCUCUACCUUAUAUCACUGAGUAUGAGAGAAACAUAUCUCUACCUUAUAUCACUGAGUAUGAGAGAAACAUAUCUCUACCUUAUAUCACUGAGUAUGAGAGAAACAUAUCUCUACCUUAUAUCACAGAGUAA